AGAUGAAGAACUUACUCCUUCUGUUCCUGCUAGCAGUGAUGCUGCCUUCUGCAUUUUCAGGCCAUAGGAUGAGGCGGCAGGCUGGUCUUUGGGGAAGCUGGGGUGAAUGGGGCAAGUGCAGUCGGAGCUGUGGUGGUGGAGUCAGUGUUCGGCAGCGGCGCUGCUAUUUCCAAAGGACAGAAAGUGCUUCCAGUUGCAUUGGACCAACUCAAAGCUAUCGCUCAUGCAAUAUUCAGAGCUGUCCGGAAAGCUCCAGAGAUUUCCGGGCAGAGCAGUGUGCAGAGUUUGAUGGGACAGAAUUUCAAGGAAAGAAAUACAAGUGGCUUCCGUAUUAUGGAGCACCUAAUAAGUGUGAGUUAAACUGUAUUCCAAAGGGAGAAAACUUCUACUACAGACACAAGGAAACUGUGAUAGAUGGAACUACUUGUGAACCUGGCAAGCGGGAUAUCUGUGUAGAGGGAGUUUGUCAAGCUGUUGGCUGUGAUAACAUACUAGAAUCUACCAAGAAGGAGGACAAGUGCCUGCAGUGCGGAGGAGAUAACAGCACCUGCUAUGAUGUGAAGGGCACUUUUGAUGUGCCCAACCUCCCCAAAGGGUACAAUCAAAUGUUCAUCAUCCCUGUGGGAGCCACCAGCAUCCAAAUCAAGGAGGUUAUGCCAAGCAGGAACUUUAUGGCUGUCAAGAAUGUGCAAGGGGAUUACUAUCUGAAUGGGCAUUGGACAAUUGACUUCAGCCGAACGCUACAUAUAGCUAGCACAGUUAUGCACUAUGAUCGUGGCUCAGAAGGUGAUCUUGCUCCAGAGCUCCUCCAUGCCAGGGGUCCCACCACAGAGCCCUUAGUCAUUGAGCUCAUCAGUCAGGAACCAAACCCAGGAGUACAGUACGAAUACUACCUGCCUACACACAGACAUUCCACAGGUUACAGCUGGAGCUACAGUUCCUGGAGUGAGUGCAGCUCAGAGUGUGGAGGAGGCUUCCAGUCCCGUUUGGUGUUUUGUACCAUAGACAAUGAAAUUUAUCCAGACUAUAUGUGCAGUAACAAACCACGACCAGACAAUAACCGGACAUGUGGCCAUCAGACUUGUCCCCAAACAAAACGGUGGAAAACAGGGGAGUGGGGACCCUGCUCAGCUACCUGUGGUGGAGGCACCCAGACUCGCUCUGUUUACUGUGUAGCAUUUGAUGGUCAGAACUCCCAAGGUGUUGUGGACAACGCUGAGUGUAUGGCCUUUGCACAGCAACCUCACAGCAGUCAGCCCUGCAACAGGAGACAGUGUGCAACCUGGAGCACAGGGCCCUGGUCAGAGUGCUCAGCCAGCUGUGGGGAAGGUGUCCAGACCCGGAGCGUCACCUGCAGAACGCAGCAGGGCUCUCAGGCUCAGGACUUUGCUUGUUUAAUGGAACCAAAGCCACCAGCUACCCAGCCCUGCCUUAAGGAGAAGUGCAUCCAAGAAGUCGGCUGGCACGUUGGAGACUGGGGCCUGUGUUCAAAGAGCUGCAGUUCAGGCAUCCGGACACGCCAAGUUAUCUGCACUGAUGGUGACUCCAAAUUCUACAGUGCUGAUAAAUGCAAAGCCAUCCAACCACAGAAGCCAGCCACCCUGGGUAGCUGCAACGUGCAGCCUUGCUACCUGCCACAGCAGGUCCCCAGUAUGCAGGACACUACAGGAUAUGAUAUCAGUCGACAGUCUUUGCUGAUGCGUUACAACCCAAAUAGCCCUCCCACAGAUUCUGGUGAUGGAAGGUUGCUCCCUGGGAGUUCCACAGUUCACAGCAGCUCUGGGAAUCACCAGAUCAAUUCCACUGAGGACCAUGGCAUCAACUUGUUGCCUGUUCGCUGGGAAUCCCAGUCACAAUCAUCAAAUUAUCAGCUCAGCAUCACUCAGUACCCCACUGCAAGAACUGGAUCUCAGAACUGUUAUCAGACCCCACAUGGCUGCUGUCCAGAUGGGCACACUCCAGCUUCAGGCCCUUCAGGGAGAGGUUGUUCCUUCAACACCUGUCACCAAAACAGGUAUGGAUGCUGUCCUGAUGGAGUAUCAGCUGCCCAAGGUCCAAACAACAUGGGAUGCUCACAGCAUGACAGUGAUUUUCAUAUGAGAAGAAAUCAGCCUGCUACAGCUGUUCCAACAGCAAGCCAAGCCUUAUCCCAGCAGCACCCUUCUGGCGAGUGCCGCAGUUCAGUGUACGGCUGCUGUUUUGACAGUGUCGCUUCGGCUUCAGGUCCUGAAGGGGAAGGAUGUCUCAAUAGGCCCAACUACCCAUAUCCUGUCAUGUGCCUGCUGCCCAGUGCUCACGGCCCCUGUGCGAACUGGACCACUCGCUGGUACUUUGUGACUGUUGUUGGCAAGUGCAACCGGUUUUGGUAUGGCGGCUGCCACGGCAAUAAAAACAGCUUUGCCUCAGAGGAGGAAUGCAUGAGAGUGUGUCAUAGCUCUGUGGGGAUUAGUCCCUUGGAGCACCAGCCCUCUUCUGGCACAGGCGCCCUGCGACAGCAGGAUACUGGCUCUCGUUUUCAUAUGGGCACUGCUCAGGGUAAGCAGCAGCCCCUGCCAAGAGAGUCUUCAAGUCAUGGCCAAGAAGGAAGAUCCUACGGGGCUUCACACCCCACACAGGGCAGACAUGGAGAGAACUACUGGAGAAGGCAGGUGCUGCCAGAAGCUUCACGAAGGUCUGGUGUGAUGGAGAGCCAGCAAUGGGGCGCCCAGCAAAGUAGAUUGAAAAGCCUGAGCCAGCUGCACUUGACAAGGGAAACAGCAGUGCCUGGGCCCUCCCAAAAGCAGAGUAGCAGUGGCCAACAGGUGCUGCCACAUGAAGGCAAGCAGUGGCAUAAGGAGUCUGGAACAGAUGCUUCUGUGAUCGAAAGCUUUGGGCACCAGGUGUCUGCAGAUUCCUUCCCAGCACAGAAUCUGCACAGAGCCAUUCUGGAGGAAGCCAAGCCCUCUCUUGUGACAGCAGACAAGGGACAAAACAUUCAACUGGUCUGCAAGGCAAGCAUGUCCCCCUUCUCCAGGGUGGAGUGGCUGAAGGAUGGCCGGCCAGUUUCCUCUGACAGGCACACCUACCAGUCUGACAGCUCUUUAGUUAUCAGCCACGUCAAGCUGGAGGAUGCUGGGACUUACACAUGCUUCAUUUCUGAUGGGAGGACAGAGAGACGGCGGCAGAUUCAGUUACAGAUCAUAGAGUACCAGAGUGCUGUUCUGGCAGAGGGUGAGAGAGGUCAGGUCCUUCACAAGGAAAAUCAGCAGCACCGAGAGCUACCCAGAGGCGGAAAGGUUGUACAGGCAGCCGGUUCCUCUGUGCAUCAGCAAUUCACAUAUAGGUUGAGAAUGGACAAGAGCGAGCCCUCAGUAGUGGAGGCCAAAGUUGGGGAGAGAGUCAGACUGCCCUGCACAGUGGAAGCAUCUCCAACUCUCACCAUUGAGUGGCAGAAAGAUGGGCGGCCCAUCUCCCCUCCCAGACACAGACAGCAGUCAGAUGGGGCCCUGGUGAUCAGCCGGGUUAGCUCUGAGGACGCCGGCUUCUUUACCUGCAUCGCCUCGAAUGGACGUGACCAGGACCAGCGCCAGGUCCUGCUCCGACCUCUAGGAGGGUUGAGGAUUACUGGUCAUCUGCCAAGCAUCAAGGUAUCUGAAGGAGAAACUGCUCAACUUCAUUGUACAGUGACUGGCAACAAUGUGAAUAUAAGGUGGUCAAGAAAUGGAGUCCCGGUGAGGGCAGAUGGCCACCGUAUCCACCUGUCCCAGGAUGGAAGCCUGACUAUAAGCAACGUCCAGUUGGCUGACGAGGGAUCUUACACAUGCAGCGCCUACAGCAGCAGCAACUCUGUCAGUGCCAGCACAGAGGUGAAAGUGUUGAGGAGCAGGCCCAGCACAAGUGUGAAUCACGUUGUGGACCUGAGCAGAGAAUGCGUGGACCAGCCGCACCUCGCCAACUGUGGCCUGAUCGUGCAGGCCCAGCUCUGCAGUAACGAGUACUAUGCCAGCUUCUGCUGUGCCAGCUGCUCUCGCUACCAACCGCUCGCCAGCCCUCCUCAUCGCAGUGGGUGACAGACACCACCAAGGCCGUGUGGAACAGCAGGUGACAAGACAAGAAUUUUGAACUCUGUCCUUCUACUGCAUGAAACUGUUCUGGGAGCUCAAGAGGGCGGAUUUAAUGGUGUAGGGUGUAAUUGCCAGAAGGUGGGAGAACCACCAUCCUCAGGUUUAUUGCAAACUUCUUUCCUCUGACUCCUGUAUGCCUUGCAAUAGCUCAUCCAUCUCUCCAUGUAAUGGUAGUUGCUGCUUUUCGCAGAAGGAGGUAGCACUGGGAAUACUCUCUCUAAAUGAUUUUAGAGAGGGCAGAUAACCAGUAUGAAAGAUUCUUCAUAUAAGAAAAAGACAGUAGCUCAAAAAAGCACCAUAGGCUGAAGUGUCUUAAGAUGGGCCUGAACUAUCUUAACAAAAGGACUAAUGACUGAGGAACAUUUAUAAUGCUGAGGAGCACGCUGCCUCUAAAUGCAAAGGAAUCUGACCAUGACAAACAGCUUGGUGCGUUUAAAAUCAGCAUUCAGGUGCUGUAGGAUUGCAUCUAGAGAUGCAGCUGUGAUGUCACCUACUGCAGCUACGUACUGUAGCUGUUUUAUUACAGUGCUCCUAAACAGAAUUUAUUUUUGGGUCAGUUUGGUUUCCACUUGAAUGUAUUCAGCUCUGGAUUGAAAUGCAGAAGCAACACUCCACAGAAAGCUUUGGACAAAAUGGAAGAAUAUGUUUAGCCUUUUCUGAAUGGUAGGGAUCAUUAACAUAAUAACACUAUAGUAUGUUCUGAGAUGAUGCAGAUUAAAUAUCAAUAUCUCUGGCAAGUAUUAUGAAGUUAGUUUGGUUUUUUCCAGAGCCAGAAUCGUGCUGUUGAAUUUAAUGCAAAUAUGGGCUUUUGGUAGCACUGUGCCGGGUAUCAACUUGGAGAGGAGAGUAAUAUACAUAAGUAAAUAGGUGUAGGGAUACUUGUCCUGCUAGAAUAAAUUUCCCAAUGAUCUGCUGUGUUGUCAGUAAGCUCCAGAAACACUCGGGUCUGCAUGUGGCCUAGGCUGAUUCUUGCUGUUAUGUGCUAACAAAUAGGGAUUUCCAGAUACAGAGGCAAAGCAGUUACAGUUGAAAAGCAUCCCUCCUGUCUGAACUAAGACUGAACACAGAGUGGCAAAUAGCAUGCAUGAGGCACUGGAAGAGAAAUCCCCAGGAAUUAAGAUAUGUGUGUGUGGAAGAUGGUAAGUAUAGGAUGGUUUGUUGUCCCAGCAAAGGCACAUGGCAUCUUCAGUAACUCAAAACAGAAUUAGACCUUCCAAGUAAAACCAUUUUUUUUCUACAGCCUCAAUAUUCUUUCUCCAUAGCACUCGCCCUAGAAGAAGCCUCAUUCUGCACUACCUUCUGAGUCUUGGGUGGGUUGCUGGUAUUAAUUAGCACCAUUUACUGGAUGUAUAGAUGUAGCUAUACUUCUUUGCUGGUACACUGAUAUGUAGUGCUGAUGUUGAUGUUUGCAGGUGGGUAGUAAGGGCUAUUUUUUGCAACAGAUUUUUUUUUUUAGUGUG